AUGAUACUGAAGUCUGAAACUAGUGUUGGGGGGAAAUGUUGGGGAGUCUUGAGAUUUGAAUUGUCAUCAUCUACAUCAGACACGGGCUCGCCACUUGCCGAAUAUGAAGAACGUCUUCCACCAGAAGCUAUACUUCCUGAGGAAAUUCUAGAUGAAGUUCCUGUACAUGACUCGGAAGGGAGGGCUAGCUAUAAAACCAUAUAUCUUGGGAAAUCCUAUCUAGGCAAGGAUGGUAGAGUAAAUAUGAUAGAACAAGGGGUAGCUGAGAUGACUCAGCGGUCAUCAAAUAAACAGAAUGUGAUACUAGAACUUGGAGAAAAGGAACUGUUUGUAAUAGAUGCGGUGUCUAAAAAGUUGCUGGUUCAACAUGUAUAUACAGAGAUAUCAGCAUGUGGUAGGAGGACUGAUGCUUUAAAACAUUUUGCAUUUAUAGCAGGGGAGACAUAUUGUAGUAUGGCUAAAGAGUUUUAUUGUCAUGUGUUUGAGGCUACAUCAGCAGAAGAAGCAAAAGUUAUUCUUUGCACAAUUGCUCAGGGGUUUGACAGGACUCAUCUAAUGACAUGAAAGGAACAGACAGAAGAUGCAAAUUGACCAUUUAUACAAACUAAUAUAGUGUUCUUAGAAAAUCUGAAUAAUGUUUUAACUUUUAACCAUUGCAAUACGUGUAUUAUUUGCAUGCUUUUAUCUAUUUAUUUAUUUAUUUGCCUAAAAUCUGUAUUAAAAUUGUUAAGACUAA